AUGGGCAAGUCCAGGUACUCAGAAUUGCCAAGGAGUCGUAAUACCUUGCGAAGCAUACAAGCUGCAGGUGACGUGUGUCGUGGAGGGACCAUCAGCCAGUAUUUUGCUUCUGUGCUGUGCCCAUCAUGUGAAACUCGCAUCACAACUCCAGGGAUGUUAUGUAUGAAUUGCCGAGCCCAACCAGAUACCGCUGCCUUAAGCAUAACAUUCAAGAUCUCUAACUCGGAGGACAAGUAUCAGGCCAUCAUGGAGGAAGCUGCACAUCGUGACCUCCUGCAAAUCCCCAUACUCAACAAGCUCAUCAAGGAUCUCUCCUUCUAG